CCCUAUUGGCCAAAAGCAACGUCGGUCAUCCAUGUGUCAUGCAAACUGUCAACAGUGAAAGAAGAGAGCCGAAGGCAGCAGUUAAGAGCUUCAAACUACGCCGACUCGCUGUCUUACCUACAAAUGGAGACUGUCAUCAGAUAACUGCAGCUUGUUGCUGAAGAAUUUAGUGAAACCCAAGCUGGUCAUUAAAAAUUAGAAUCUGCUGAAUGAUGAAUGAAAACAUUGGGUAACGUCAUCUACGACUGGACAGAGGAAAACUUUUUUUCCUCAUGUUUUACUUUUAAGAGCUCAUCAUUCAGUCACUAGUUGCUGCUCAGCCAGCUAAAAGGGUGGACUCCCCUCCCCUUCCCCCGAUUCCCAUUGGAUAAGGCUGUGAGUUAUGCCAAACUGAGAAAUCCUCUGCUCAUCAAUGAUCUGAACAUGCAGUACUAUAUACAGGACAGGAGAGAAGUGUAUCGGAUCCUGCAGGAGGAAGGGAUCGAGCUGCCACGCUAUGCUGUGCUGAACCGUGACCCAGAUAAACCAGAUGAGUGUAACCUGGUAGAAGGAGAGGACCAUGUGGAGGUGAAUGGAGAGAUUUUCCAGAAGCCUUUUGUGGAGAAGCCUGUCUGUGCUGAGGACCACAAUGUCUACAUCUACUACCCCACCUCUGCAGGAGGAGGAAGUCAGCGGCUUUUCAGAAAGAUUGGGAGCAGGAGCAGUGUUUACUCUCCAGAGAGCAGUGUGAGGAAGACAGGCUCUUACAUCUAUGAAGAGUUUAUGCCAACUGAUGGAACUGAUGUUAAGGUUUACACUGUUGGACCAGACUACGCUCAUGCUGAGGCCCGAAAGUCUCCAGCUCUGGACGGGAAGGUGGAGAGAGACAGUGAGGGGAAGGAGGUUCGUUACCCUGUCAUGCUUUCAGCUAUGGAGAAGUUGAUGGCUCGUAAAGUGUGCCUGGCAUUCAAGCAAACUGUGUGCGGCUUCGACCUUCUCCGGGCUAACGGUCGCUCCUACGUGUGUGACGUCAAUGGUUUCAGCUUUGUGAAGAACUCCAUGAAAUACUACGACGACUGUGCCAAGAUACUUGGGAAUAUUGUGAUGCGUGAGCUUGCACCUCAGUUUCAGAUACCGUGGUCCAUCCCAACAGAGGCAGAGGACAUCCCCAUUGUCCCCACUACUUCAGGAACAAUGAUGGAACUACGAUGUGUCAUUGCUGUCAUCCGUCAUGGAGACCGAACUCCCAAACAGAAGAUGAAAAUGGAAGUUCGCAACCCCAUGUUCUUUGAUCUGUUUGAAAAAUAUGAAGGAUACAAAACUGGGAAAUUAAAACUUAAAAAGCCAAAACAACUGCAGGAGGUGCUGGAUAUCACGAGGCAAUUGUUGGCAGAACUAGAGCAACAAAAUGACUGUGAGAUCGAAGAGAAAAAGUCCAAACUGGAGCAGCUGAAGACGGUUUUAGAAAUGUACGGUCAUUUCUCAGGAAUAAACAGAAAAGUGCAACUAACGUACCUUCCCCAUGGGCAGCCUAAAACCUCAAGUGAAGAAGAAGACAACCGUAAGGAAGGUCCAUCUCUGCUGUUGGUGCUGAAGUGGGGAGGAGAACUGACUCCUGCUGGCCGAGUGCAGGCUGAGGAGCUGGGACGAGCUUUCCGCUGUAUGUACCCCGGAGGACAAGGAGACUAUGCUGGAUUUCCAGGUUGUGGKUUACUGCGUCUGCACAGCACCUACAGACAUGACCUGAAGAUUUAUGCAUCUGAUGAAGGCAGGGUCCAGAUGACAGCUGCAGCUUUUGCAAAGGGUUUGCUGGCUCUGGARGGUGAGCUGACACCCAUCCUGGUACAGAUGGUAAAGAGUGCCAACAUGAAUGGUCUUCUGGACAGCGACAGCGAUUCUCUGAGCAGCUGCCAGCACCGUGUCAAGGCCCGGCUCCAUGAAAUCCUGCAAAGGGACCGGGUGUUCCUGGAGGAGGACUAUGACAGGCUGGCUCCAACCUCCAGUGUCUCUUUAGUGAGUUCAAUGAAAAUAGUCCAGAACCCAGUUGCCACCUGUGACCAGGUCUACACCCUCAUUCAAAGCCUCACCUCCCAGAUCCGCAAAACAAUGGAAGAUCCCAAAUCUGCAGACCUGCAGCUGUACCACAGUGAGUCACUGGAGCUGAUGCUGCAGCGCUGGUCCAAACUAGAGAAAGACUUUCGUAUGAAGAAUGGCCGCUAUGACAUCAGUAAAAUUCCUGACAUCUAUGACUGCGUGAAGUACGAUGUCAUACACAAYGGUUCUCUGGGCCUUCAGGACACGCAAGAGCUGCUCAGACUGUCUCGAGCCUUGGCUGAUAUUGUCAUCCCACAGGAAUAUGGCAUAAAUAAAGCAGAGAAACUGGACAUUGCAUAUGCAUACUGUCUCCCACUGGUCAGGAAGAUACAGCUGGACCUGCAGAGAACCCAUGGAGACGAGUUUGUCAACAAACUGCAUCCUCUGUACUCUCGUGGUGUGCUGUCGCCAGGCCGUCAUGUAAGGACACGGUUAUAUUUCACCAGUGAGAGUCACGUCCACUCCCUUCUCAGCAUUUUCCGAUAUGGAGGCCUUCUUGAUGAAGAAAAGGACCAGCAGUGGAAGCGAGCCAUGGAUUACCUCAGUGCAGUGCCUGAACUUAACUACAUGACUCAGAUUGUCAUCAUGCUGUAUGAGGACAACAAUAAGGACAUCUCAUCUGAGGAACGUUUCCAUGUAGAGCUCCACUUUAGUCCAGGUGUUAAAAACGUUGAAGAGGAGGAGAACGCCCCAACUGGGUUUGGCUUCAGGCCUGCCUCAGCGGAGGUGUUACGACAAAAUGGRCAAAAAAAGGCUGACCUUGCCAGCUUGGAGGACCUGUCACGAGAUGAAACCGAUCGUGCCRUUCCGGUUUCAGAACCAAUCACCAUUCAGAGGAGGUCACCGCUCAUUCGCAACCAUAAGACUGGAUCAAUGGAGGUCCUGUCAGAAACAUCUGUUUCCAAAGGUGGCAGUUAUCGCCUGUUUUCAUUCUGCCCACGUCAGUCUCCUGAGAUGAAACAAAGUGGAUUAGGCUCUCAGUGCGCCGGGCUCUUCAGCACAACUGUCCUAGGUGGCUCUUCUAGCGCGCCUAACCUGCAGGACUACGCACGCGUACACCGCAAAAAAUUCUCCACCGGCAGUCUGUCCUACAAAGACGAGUUGUUGUCUAUGCCGGCAGUAAAACGAUUUUCUGUGUCGUUUGCAAAGCAUCCGACUAAUGGAACACAAGAUGACACUUCCACCAUAGCAGUGUCUCCACCUCGCUGGUGCACUGCAGCAGAGCCCUUGGAGGAACACCAUGUGGCCCAGUUGUUGAGGCGUUUAUCCACUGACCUCAGUUUGGGCCGCUGCCAGCUUCCUCUGGACCGGGCGCUGGCCCACCACCUCCACCAGUGCUCCUACCACCUCCGCCUCUUCCGAAACUGGCUCGUCUCCGGCCAGGACCCCAUAGAGUACCUCCACGGUUUUGAAGGCUGCUCCAUGGUGCCGUCCAUCUAUCCUCUGGAAACGCUGCACAACUCCCUGUCACUGAAACAGGUCAACGAGUUCCUUACCAGUGUGUGCGAGAGUGCUGGAGAACAACACACUAGAACCUCCAGAGCUCUGUCAGCCAUGUUUGGCUCACACAACCAGCAGUCAGUCGACUCCUACAUCCCACAGAGAGUCCUGUCCACUUCCAUCUCCCUCAGAUCUCGUUCUGACAGACCUCCAUGGUACAGCAGCGGUCCAUCCAGUGCCGUUUCCAGUGCCGGACCUUCCUCCCCCAUCACAGCCGACACUUCCCCACGGUUCAGCUUCAGCGAGAAGGUUUCUCUCAGCCCUCAGAGCAGCGAGGAAACCCAUUCCUCUCAGAACAUUUCCAGCCAGCCACCACCCGCCUUUGGGUCUCAGGGCUUGGACCUGACUUGUCCAACUCUUUCAAACCCACGUGAAGUCCCUCUGGCUCCAAAAACCUCCCCGGAGGGAGAUCCUGGACUCAGUGUUGUGACUGAUAACCAGACAGACAAUCCUGAGCUCCCUCUGGAUGGGCAGGAGGUUGCCUCUGCCACUGUGGAGACUCCCAGUGAUCCAGUCUCAGAUCCGGACCACAGGCCACCCUGCUCRGCCCUGGCUGAACUGGGUCUGGGUCGGAUGGAGGGUUACUGUCUCCCCGGGUCACUACCUGUGCUGCUGGAGCUCAGAGAGAGCAGCAGCGAGGCGGGCUCCAGCUCACAGACGCCUCAGUCUCCUGAGGGUCCAGAUGAGUUCUUUGACACUCAGGAGUCCAUGGAGCUGUGGAUGGAGGGUCCAGAAAACACCCUUCAUUCUGAGUCUACUGUGGACCACCAAGCUGUUCAGCCAGCAGAGCCGUAAAACGGGCUGCACCAAGUCCAGGUAAAGGAUGAUUGUGGAUUCUCUGAGCUUUUCUGUUGUCCUGCGCUCCACCUGGAUUGACUCACUGCAGUUUGGAAAAACAACCCUAGCAAGUUAGAAUCUUAAACUUACAGAAAAAGCUAAAGACUGAGCUGAAAUGCUCAAAGAACUGACAUAAAAUAAUCCUUUGUGUAUUUUGGUUUUAUGAGUUUGUGAAUUGUUCCCACAGUUAACAGAGUUUCAUCUUGGGAUGUGUUGUUUCUGUUUUUCAUUGUCUUUUUUUCCACAGCUGUACAUGCUGAGCCGUCUGUGGUAGCAGCUGUGGUGUUUAUUCAUCAGAGCGAGGAUGUCACCUGUCUGUGCUGCAGCCAUGCUUCUUUAUUGCGCUUUAUUUUCCUGUUGCAAAGCAAAAAGGACUUUACAACUUGUUUUUUCUCUUUUUUGUGUGUUUUUUAAGAGUCACAGAAAGUGAAUGAGCUACAAACCGACAGACUUGAUGUGAACCCAUGUUCAGAUUCUGCUUCUGUGACUUUAAAGACAAACGUAAACAGUUAGUCAUUUGUGCAUCACAUACUGCCAAAGUCCUUAACCUCUGCUGAACAUUUCAUUUAUAUAGAACAUAAAAAGAAGAUAUUUAUUUUCAAACAGCAUCAUAGAGAAAGGCUGUAUUUUAUUACCUGAACACUAGAUGUUUAAUUGUAUCAUAGUUUGUGUAGAUUUUUUUGUAAAAACACAUCAUGAUGUGUUCAAAUGUAAAAGCCUCAUUUUAACACUGAACAAAGGGGAAUGCUUUUAUUGUGGCGAGCAGUAAUGUAGCAUACAUGUGCACGUGGUGAACGUGCACACGUGUCAGGAGCCAUUCAGAUGUGCAGCUCUGUGUGGAUGAAGUGUCCAAAUAAAACCCAGAAACUGGGACUUUACUGGACUGUGUGCAGAUAAAAUGUCAACCUGUUGCUAAAAGGUCAAAUCAAACAAAUAAACAUUUCCAGCUUGUA